CUUCUACUUUCUCGCAUUCUCCAUUUCCUCUUAUUCCAGCGUACUUGUGCUUGUGCCUGCUUGCAUUCUUGUCUGCCCUCCCAGCGUCGAACAGCCCAAUAUGUCGACUCCGAUUCCCCAGCCUCCAACGGUUCCCUUUUUAGGGAACGUGCUGGACAUAGACCCAAAGAAUUCCAUGCAGAGUCUGGUACAUAUAGGCGAAAAAUAUGGCCCCAUCUUCAAGCUCACGGUUCUUGGUCGAGAAAGAUAUUUCAUCACCUCCGCAGAUCUACUGAAUGAACUAUGCGAUGAGACCAGAUUCUGCAAAGCGGUCUCAGGAGCUCUUCAGCAAGUUCGCAAUGGCGUCGGAGAUGGACUUUUCACUGCUUACCACGGAGAACACAACUGGGAGGUGGCUCACCGAACACUGGUGCCUGCAUUUGGCACCAUCGGCAUUCACGACAUGUACGACGAAAUGUACGACAUUGCUACACAGUUGAUCGCCAAAUGGGCCCGGGUAGGCCCUGAGCAGCAGAUUAACGUUACCGACGACUUCACCCGCUUGACCCUUGACUCGAUAGCGCUCUGUGCUAUGGGUAAACGUUUCAAUUCGUUUUAUUCGGAAAAGAUGAACCCUUUCGUUGAUGCUAUGGUCGGAUUCCUACUCGAGUCUGGAAGACGUUUAUCACGAACGCGCAUCGAAUCGCUCUUCAAUCGAUCAGCGGACAGGCAAUAUCAACAGGACAUAGCCACAAUGAAAGCGGUUGCGGAAGAGGUCAUUGCUCAUCGGAGAGCCAACCCUGUCGAUAAGAAGGACCUGCUAAAUGCGAUGCUGUUCGGCAAAGAUCCCAAGACAGGAGAACGGUUGAGCGACGAGAACAUCAUGAACAACAUGAUCACGUUCCUCAUUGCAGGUCAUGAGACAACAUCAGGCCUCCUUUCUUUCACCUGCUAUCACCUCAUCAAGAACCCUGAUGCUUUGAGCAAGGCUCAGCAGGAGGUGGACACUGUCGUCGGCAAAGGACCCGUAACCUAUCAGCAUAUGUCCAAGUUGCCAUAUAUUGAAGCUGUCUUGCGGGAAACUCUACGUUUGCAACCAACUGCACCGGCGUUCGCGCUUCAACCACUCGAGAAUGUUUCCGGACCUGUUGUUAUCGGUGGAGAGUAUUUUAUUCCUCAAGAUGCCUCGAUUGUUGCACUCCUUCCCGCCAUAGGCAGAGACCCCAAAGCGUUUGGGGCAGAUGCCGAUGAGUACAAACCAGAAAGAAUGUAUGGCGAUAACUUCGCAAAACUACCCCCAAAUGCUUGGAAGCCGUUCGGCAAUGGAGCGAGAGGAUGCAUCGGCCGACCUUUUGCCUGGCAGGAAGCCAUCUUAACUCUUGCGCUGAUCCUCCAGAAUUUCAAUAUCAGAGCUGAUAACCCCAGCUAUCAGCUUCAAAUCAAGCAGACCUUGACACUCAAACCCGACAAUUUCUUCAUGCGAGCAUCGUUGAGAGAGGGGAUCGAUCCUGUGCAGCUGGAGCGGAAGAUGUAUGCUGGACUCGAGGUCGACGACGCUCGUCAUAAGCCGAAAGCUGGCUUGACCAAACAUACUCAAUCCAGCAAGCCCAUGUUGAUUCUGUAUGGAUCGAAUUCGGGUACCUGUGAGGGACUUGCCCAGAAUCUAGCCAGCAACGCCGAAGGACGAGGGUUUGCCGCCAGUGUGAAGACACUAGACGCGGCUGUUGACCUACUGCCCACCAAACAACCCGUUGUUGUGAUCACCGCUAGUUACGAGGGCAAUCCGCCCGACAAUGCUGCGGUCUUUGUAGAGUGGCUGAAAAAAGUCGACCCUGAAAAGGUCAAAGAUGUGACCUUUGCAGUUUUUGGCUGUGGUCACCACGAUUGGGUCGCAACAUUCCAAAAAGUGCCGAAACUCAUCGAAUCCGAGCUUCUCAACAAAGGGGCGAGCCCACUCACAGGUCGCGGCGAGUCUGAUGUGGGCGGAGGAAAUGUCUUCGAUGACUUCGAUUCCUGGCAGGACGAAAAGCUCUGGCCGGCACUGUCGGCAGAGUCCGAGCCUGCAGAGGUUUCCGACGGUCUGGAAAUGGAGCUCAGUACCACUGCCCGGGCAUCUCAUCUUCGGCACAACGUCCAGGAAGCUCUGGUCCUUGCAAAUGAGCUUUUGACCAAUCCGGAUACCCCGGAAAAGAGACACACCGAAUUCAGGCUACCGACCAAUCUGACCUACGAAGCUGGCGACUACCUUGCCUUGCUACCAGUGAACAAUGUAACAACCAUCUCCAGGGUGCUGCGACGAUUCGGUCUUCCUUGGGACGCAGUGAUGACCCUUCGUAGAGGAGCACAUACGACCAUCCCUACGGAAACCGCGAUGGCUGUCACAGCCGUUCUGGGAGCCUACGUCGAAUUGAACAGCCCUGCAACAAGGAAAAACAUCCUCACGUUGCGCAAGUAUGCUGGCGACGACGAGCUGGCCGAGAAACUGGCAUCAAUCACCGAGCAGCUAUCAGUGCUUCAGAUCCUCGAGAGAUAUACGGGCCUCAACCUCCCGUUCUCCGUGUACCUUUCGAUGCUGACACCGAUGCGCAUUCGUCAGUACUCGAUUUCAUCAACGCCAUUGGAGGAUCCGACCAAGGCAAGCAUCAUUUACUCGGUCGUGGACUCGGGCGCAGGCCAUCUGGGCGUUGCCACGAAUUACCUCAAACGUCUGCAGCCGGGCACGACGGUCCAGCUCACGAUCAAGAAAUCUCAUGCAUCAUUCCACCUGCCUCGCGAUAGAACCACGCCGAUCAUCAUGGUCUGUGCUGGAACAGGACUCGCGCCGUUCAUCGGAUUCGUGCAAGAGCGCGCCAUUCGGAUUGCCACGUCCGGAGCCAAGAGCGAGGACUUUGCCGAAGCGAUUUUGAUUGUGGGCUGUCGUUAUCCCGAUAAAGAUCGGAUAUAUGGCGAACAAUUAGCGAAAUGGGAGGCCGAAGGCGUCGUCAAAUUGUUGUAUGCUUAUAGCAGAGCGCCGGACAAGUCGGACGGCUGUAAGUAUGCCCAGGAUAGGCUGUGGCGUGAACGCGAGACUGUCAGCAGGUUAUUCGAUGCGGGUGCAAGGGCGUAUAUCUGUGGAAGCAGUUCUCUGGGCAAGGGAGUCGCGGAUGCUGCUGCGAGGAUGGCCAUCGACGGAGCACGGAGAAAGGGAAAAGAAUACAGUUAUGAACAGGGCUUGCAAUGGUGGGAACAUCUCCGAGGUGAGAGGUAUGCGGUCGAUGUCUUUGAUUGAACGGCAAUUCAGCAAGCUCUCAUGAAUCGGAGAAUUUUGUACAAGGAUAUAGGUAUCUACCACAAAAGGUGUUGACGUUGGGCAGUGAUCUUCCUGUCUGGCAGGUGAACCCACAUGUUCUUGCCCAUUCUCUUGCGUAACGCUUUCACCUCCUUUUCUGCCUGUUGUCUCGAUCUCGUCUUCUCUUCUUUCAACACCACACUGAUGCCUGUGUUAGGAGGCCUUAGCAUGUUGACCCUUCCACGCGCUCGGAACUCUG